CCAGUUUUGUCAGUGGUAAAGUUCACAAAUUCCCAUGUAAAUGGUUUUACUAUUGCUGCCAUUUGUAGGAGUUUCAUGUUUCAAUCAUGCAUUUCUUUUAAGUAUUUUUAGUGUGAGUGGAUCUGAACUUCAUUUGUAAAUUCUGCGGGUCACAAAAUUCCAUGUGUAUAAUAAAGGUAUAUUAUUCUCCCAGGACAAGGUUUCUUCUGCAAAACCCAUCUGUCAAUUGUUGUUCUGUGUUGAAAUUCAACCUAAAUUCUCUGUUGAAUCUUUUCUACAGCUGGGUCAUCUGUACAUUACAUUGCAUCACUUAACUAGCCAUCUAGAGUUAUUUUUUACCUCUGGGUUUGGGAUGCUUUCAUUUCCAGGCUAAUUGGUGUUUAAAGUUUUUAACUUUGGAGAUUAGUUGGCAUUGUGGAUAAAUCCCAGAUGGGUCCUGGGUCCCUUGCUGCUGCAGUGUUGGAAAGUUCAGAUUUUUCUGGGUUUUUGCCGGGUACCAUUAAUUUUUGUUGAUGUAACAAUUUUGUCCAUUGCAUUUAAUUACUUCUAAGCUAGGCCAUAUAAUUUCUCUGUUUAGUGGGUAGGAAGAUCAUUAGGUGUCUCAUGUGCUUCAUCACGUUACUCAUGUAUGCUGAAGAGUAGUUAUCUGUCAAGCUACAUGGUUCCCAGUAGGCUUGUAUAAAGAGCUUGUUUUUGUUGGGGAAUUAUUGGGGAUGGUUUUGUCUCCCAGAUCUGUUUUAGCAUGAAGUUAGAGAACUAAGGUAAUUAACAAAGAUAGGAUUUUGGUCCAGGUUGGUUUGCUGAUAGAAUCUCUACUUCUGUGCAAUUGCAGACUGAGAAAAAAGAAAAAGAAGAAAGAAAGAAAGAAAGAAAGAAAGAAGAGGAAGAUUGUGUUGAACAUGAUUGUGUGGAAUGGAGUUCUGGUUUAGUGGUUAUAGAGUUGUCUUGUGUGGCCCAUGUGAGUGAGAGAGAUAGAGAGAGAGAGAGUGAGAGAUUUGUUUGAGCAAGAAUGAGAUCCAUAGAGGAUAAGGGGUGCUAUAACAACCAUGGACCAACUCAGGAGAUUUCUGGCAGCAGUGCUAUAAAUUUUGAGUUUCACAAAGCAAAUGGAGCUAGCCGUACCCCUCAUCAUCGAACAGCCUUAGGCAAACCAACGCCAUCAAAAUGGGAUGAUGCACAAAAAUGGCUAGUGGGGCUGUCAAGAGGACCAGACAAAAACCAAUCCAAAACCAAGCCCAGAAACUCAAAUGCAGAUGACUUGAGACUCAUAGCUCCUGUGCCACAGAAGGAGCAGGACUAUUCAAGUGGAGAGGAUGAUGGGGUAGAAGAUCAACAAGAAGAAGAAGAAGAGGAAAAUGGAUGUGAUGGCUCUGCAAGGCCAAAUCAAUAUGAUGUGGAGACAAAGAAAGUGGACUGUGAUGACUCAGUUUGGAGAAGCAACAAACCAAUGGAAAACUCAACAGCAGCUAUGAGAUCUUUAUGUUUGAGGGACAUGGGAACAGAAAUGACCCCCAUUGCAAGCCAAGAGCCUUCGAGAACUGCCACCCCUAUUAGAGCCACAACUCCUGCGGCACGGAGCCCUAUAUCUUCAGGAUCCUCCACCCCAGUAAGGCCAUGCCAACAUGGGAUGCAAGCUAGUCAGGGCUAUCAAAAAUCCACUGACGGCAGAAGUAGUCAUGAGGCCAAGUCUUGUGGGAGAGGGAGUGGUGCAGUCAAAAGGUAUGUAGAAGAAUCAAAUGCUUGCAAGAGUAUGCCUGACAACCAGAACUCAGAUCAAGCUAGGAAACCAAGUCCCCUAGAAACUCGAGCAAUGGCUUGGGAUGAGGCAGAACGUGCUAAAUAUAUGGCAAGGUAUAAACGCGAAGAGGUCAGAAUACAGGCCUGGGAAAAUCAUGAGAAGAGGAAAGCUGAGAUGGAAAUGAGAAAAAUGGAGGUGAAAGCUGAGAGAAUGAAAGCUCGCGGUCAAGAAAAGUUAACGAAUAAACUUGCCGCGACUAGAAGAAUAGCUGAAGAAAAGAGGGCUAAUGCAGAGGCCAAACUCAAUGAAAAAGCUUUAAGAACUUCAGAAAAGGCAGAUUACAUAAGGAGGACUGGCCAUUUGCCCUCUACAUUCUCAUUCAAGUUGCCUUCUCUUUGCUGGUAGCAAUAUCUUUAGUACAUGUAACAUCUACUAGUUCUUUUUCUUUUUCUGCCACUUAUUAAAUAUGUAAUUGAACCUUGUGGAUCUAUUGUGGAGUUUAUCAUAUUUGUUAACUGUUUGAAACAUGCAUUUAAGGGAAGGGGUAAGUUCCUAAAAUAAUUUGUGAACACCCACCCCAUUCACAAAUA